AUGUUUGUCUCAGGUGUAACAUUGUUACUUGCGUCACCUAUGAUUAUCCAGGCCGCCGCAAUACAACAACAGCCCCUUGGAGAAAUGAAAUCUCCAGCUGCUACGGGGUUCAAGAAUGUGGCCUACUUUGUGAACUGGGCUAUUUAUGGUCGCAACUACAACCCUCAAGAUCUUCCCGCUGAGGAACUUACCCAUGUUCUUUAUGCUUUUGCAGAUGUUCGAGACUCUGGCGAGGUUUUCUUGACAGAUACCUGGUCGGACAUUGACAAACACUACGCGAAUGACUCGUGGAAUGACGUUGGUAACAAUGUCUAUGGAUGCGCUAAGCAGUUGUUUCUCCAGAAGAAGCGCAAUCGUGGCUUGAAGGUGCUCUUGUCGAUUGGUGGCUGGACGUACUCUUCCCACUUUGUCCAGCCAGCCUCGACCGCAGAUGGCCGGGCCAGGUUCGCAAGCACUUCCGUAAAGAUCCUAUCUGAUCUUGGCUUCGAUGGCCUCGACAUUGACUGGGAAUAUCCGGCAGAUGAGACACAAGCCAACAACAUGGUCUUGCUUCUGGCCGCAGUCCGUGAAGCACUCGACACAUACUCUAGUCAAAACGCCAACGGCCAACAUCUUCUCUUGACCGUUGCUUCCCCUGCAGGUCCCACCAACUACAACAAAAUGAAGCUCAAGGCCAUGGACCAGUACCUCGACUUCUGGAACUUGAUGGCCUACGACUACGCCGGUUCCUGGGACACAAACGCUGGCCACAUGGCAAACUGGUUCCCCUCCACAACUAACCCAAACAGCACCAUGUUUAGCACCUCUAAAGCCCUCUCCGACUACAUUGCCGCCGGCGUCCCCGCCUCCAAAAUCGUCGUCGGCAUGCCCCUCUAUGGCCGCUCCUUUGCCGCGACCGACGGCCCUGGAAAACACUUCCAAGGCGUCGGUCCCGGAACCUGGGAAUCAGGUGUCUACGACUACAAAGUCCUACCUGAUAACGGCGCUGUAGAGUACACAGACACGGAUAUUGCGGCAAGCUGGAGCUACGAUGCUGGUAAACGUCUUAUGAUUAGUUACGAUACCCCUGCUAUUAUCCAGCAAAAGACGCAGUUGAUUAGGGAGCAGGGGCUUGGUGGGGGGAUGUGGUGGGAGAGUUCUGGUGAUAAGAAGGGCGAGGGGAGUUUGAUCUCGACUUUUGUGAAGAAUAUUGGUGGUACGGGUCAGCUUGACCGGUCGUCUAAUUUACUGAGUUACCCGGUGAGCAAGUAUGAUAACUUGCGGGCGGGGAUGCCUAACAAUUAGGGUCUUGGAGAAGGUGGUGCGAGGAAGCUUGUGACGGUAGGUACAUGUGCAUUGCAAGAUGAUGUUCUUGUCACGGUCUGGUCAUGCGUUAUUGCUAUCUCACUCGCCUCAUAUCUUUCUUUAGAUGAUCUAGUUACCCUAGUUCCUUCCUUUUUUGUAUAUACCCAUAUUGUUUCCUU